GGGUCUGCAAGUCCCGUGCUUUUGUGACUUUUUCUCGCUUGUCUCUGCAGCUUGGACACACCCGCUCCCGAAGCUUCUUGGAAGGAAAAAGAAAAAAAUAAACCUCGCAUGCAACCCCCGGCAUGCCCCGUCUCUCCACGGGGGUGCAUGGCCGCCGGCCUUCUGGAGCAGUGGGGGGUCCCGGGGCGCUUCGGGCCUCGGGUGUGAGCCAGAUGUGGCACGUAACCCCGCCACGCCAGCCCUGAUGCUUCUUCCCCGCUGCCCCUGUGUUGUGCCCUCUUCUCCCCGUGCCUGGCCCCGAGCGGAUGCCUCACAGGAUGAAUGAAAUGAACCUGAGCCCAGUGGGGAUGGAGCCACUGACUUCGUCCUCUGUGAGCAAUGCCUUGCCAGUGUCAGGAAGCCACCUGGGCUUGGCUGCCUCCCCCACGCACAAUACCAUCCCUGCUCCAGGCCUGCCAGUGGCAAUUCCAAACUUGGGUCCCUCCCUGAGCUCUCUGCCUUCUGCUUUGUCUCUAAUGCUCCCAAUGGGCAUUGGGGAUCGAGGAGUGAUGUGUGGAUUACCUGAAAGAAACUAUACCCUACCUCCACCACCUUACCCCCACCUGGAGAGCAGUUACUUCAGAACCAUCCUACCUGGCAUUUUAUCUUAUUUAGCUGAUCGACCACCUCCUCAGUAUAUCCAUCCCAACUCAAUAAAUGUUGACAGUAAUUCAGCACUAUCUAUCGCCAAUAACCCAUCGGCUCUUGAUCCUUAUCAAUCCAAUGGAACAGUGGGAUUAGAAUCAGGCAUCGUUUCAAUUGACUCUCGCGCUGUGAACUCACAUGGCACUCAAAGUCUUCAUCCUAGUGAUGGCCACGAGGUGGCCUUGGACACCACUAUUACUAUGGAGAAUGUCUCACGGGUUACUAGCCCGAUCUCCACCGAUGGCAUGGCAGAAGAGCUUGCGAUGGACGGUGUGGCAGGGGAACACCCCCAGAUCCCCAGUGGUACUCGGAGUCAUGAGCCACUCUCUGUGGAUUCUGUGAGCAGCAACCUCACGGCGGAUACUGUGGGCCACGGCGGGGUACUCCCCAUGCACGGGAGUGGCUUGGAACUGCCUGUAGUGAUGGAGACAGACCACAUUGCUAGCCGUGUCAGUGGCAUAUCUGACAAUGCCCUCAGCGACUCGAUCCACACCGUGGCCAUGAGCACCAACUCUGUAAGCGUGGCACUCUCUACCUCACACAACCUCGCCUCCCUAGAGUCUGUUUCCCUUCAUGAAGUGGGCCUCAGCCUAGAACCUGUGGCUGUGUCCUCCAUCAGCCAGGAGGUUGCUAUGGGGACAGGUCAUGUAGAUGUGUCUUCAGACAGUCUGUCUUUUGUGUCACCUUCACUGCAAAUGGAAGACUCCAAUUCAAACAAGGAAAACAUGGCAACCUUGUUUACAAUUUGGUGUACUUUGUGUGACCGAGCCUAUCCAUCUGAUUGCCCCGACCAUGGACCAGUGACUUUUGUUCCUGAUACUCCAAUAGAGAGCAGAGCAAGGCUUUCCCUCCCAAAACAGCUCGCUCUCCGCCAGUCAAUCCUAGGAGCAGACAUUGGUGUUUGGGCUGCAGAAACCAUUCCAGUACGGACUUGCUUUGGUCCUCUCAUUGGCCAGCAGAGUCACUCCAUGGAAGUAGCAGAAUGGACAGACAAGGCCGUCAAUCAUAUCUGGAAGAUAUACCACAAUGGUGUUCUAGAAUUCUGCAUCAUUACAACUGAUGAAAAUGAAUGUAAUUGGAUGAUGUUUGUGCGCAAAGCCAGGAACCGGGAAGAACAGAAUUUGGUGGCUUAUCCCCAUGAUGGAAAAAUUUAUUUCUGCACUUCACAAGAUAUUCCUCCUGAAAAUGAGCUGCUCUUUUAUUAUAGCCGAGAUUAUGCACAACAGAUGGGUGUUCCUGAACACCCAGAUGUGCACCUUUGUAACUGUGGCAAGGAAUGCAAUUCCUAUGCAGAAUUUAAAGCCCAUCUGACGAGCCACAUCCAUAGCCAUCUUCCUAGCCAGGGCCACAGCGGCAGCCAUGGGCCCAACCACAGCAAAGAAAGGAAAUGGAAGUGUUCUAUGUGCCCACAGGCAUUUAUCUCUCCAUCUAAACUGCAUGUCCACUUUAUGGGCCACAUGGGCAUGAAGCCCCACAAGUGUGAUUUUUGUAGCAAGGCCUUUAGUGAUCCCAGCAACCUGCGGACCCACCUCAAGAUCCACACGGGUCAGAAGAACUACAGGUGUGCAUUGUGCGAUAAGUCUUUCACCCAGAAGGCUCAUCUGGAGUCCCACAUGGUCAUCCAUACGGGUGAGAAGAACCUCAAGUGUGAUUACUGUGACAAGCUGUUCAUGCGGAGGCAAGAUCUCAAGCAGCAUGUGCUCAUCCACACGCAAGAACGCCAGAUCAAGUGUCCCAAGUGUGAUAAACUGUUCUUGAGAACAAAUCACUUAAAGAAACACCUCAAUUCACAUGAAGGAAAACGGGACUAUGUAUGUGAGAAAUGUACAAAGGCCUAUCUUACCAAAUAUCAUCUCACUCGUCAUCUGAAAACUUGCAAAGGACCCACUUCUAGUUCCUCAGCACAGGAGGAAGAGGAAGAGGAGGACUCUGAAGAGGAAGAGUUAGCAGACUCUGUGGGAACAGAAGACUGUCAGAUAAACAGUGCUGUGUAUGGAGAUGAGCCUCUCUCUGCACAUAAAUAAAGAAGCAAACUUAUUUUGAAUGGAGAGGACAAAAGGAACAACGCAUAUAACAGUUACCCACUACAGUGAUGUUGAGAUUAAAUGGUUUUCUCUUUCCUUCUAGCCAUUGGUCAAAACAGAUUGACCCCCAGGAAUGGAUCAAGCACUUAAAGCGGAAUCUCCCAAUGAAGACAUUUUAGAAUGGAUAUAGAGAGCUGGGGAGAGAGCAUAUGUCCCAUUUUUAAAUAAUGUCUGGGGAGGAUAGUGUCAGCUUUUGAUAUCUAUUCUUUAUUUACAUGAUGAGCUGGGCAGUGCUUGUACGCCUGAGUCAGUCGUCCGCUGCCCAGCCCAGCUUUAUUACAACUUCUAUUUCCCUUAUAGUCCUUGGACUUGGUCGCACUCUUAAGUUUGGUUCUGGCCUCAUAUUCAUUCUGAUUGCUGUUUGUGUUUUUUAUUUUCCUUUUUUGCACAUGAGUGUGAUUUACACUCAACAUAACUGGAACCUAGCAGCAUGAAUCAUUACAAUGUAGCUAACAAGUCUCAAGCACUAUGUCUAGCCUGCCCUGGAAAUGUUGGGGAGGGCUUUCUUGUCAGCAUUCCAGGUGUCUGGAAACCACACACAAAAGUCCCCUAAGCUUGGGCCCUGUGUAGGCAACAGACCAAGAUAGUAGACCACAAUGGGAAAAAGGGAGAGGUUCUUGGCCCACUUUCAACAAACAAGCUUUGAUGGAAACCAAGGCAGAUUGCCUGGAGGUCCUUAGUGAUCUAUGUGGGUUUAUAUACCUCUACUCCAUAAGUCCACAGACCCUAGAUGAAGGACCCUAGAGGCGGUGCUCACCUGUAAUGCCAGAGAGGUUAUCUCAGCAACAGCACAUGUGUACUCACUCAGCCUAGAGUGGUACUUUGGAAGGAAGAGGUAAGUGAUCCUCUGUAUCUGGCAUACCUUAGAGAAAGUCAAAUACACCAAGAAAAUAUUACCAACUUAAAAUCAGCUCUACAUGUGUCCCUCUAGUUGUAAGUUCAGAAACACCACCUCAUCCCCCCCACAUCCCCGUUCCCCAAUAGGUGAAGGAUCUCAGGAUGCUGAGGAAGAUUUGGAAAGUCUAGACUGCUGACUGGUUACAUGUGGAUGUGUUUCCAUCAGGUCUCGCAUCUGUUCUUUCACAUAUUUAUCCAGCUUUCAGCAAGAUGCCAGCCUAUGUUGGCAUUUGAUGCAACACGCUCUCUUACUCUAAGGCACAACCUUUGGUUUGGAGUAGGGAUGACUUGGUGGGAAGGUUUUGCUGCUAAUGUAUUUAUGGAAUGAAUGUAUUUCAUUCAAAUCUGUAUUCCUCUAGGAAGAAUUAAAAUGCAACUUUUUU